AUGGCAUCUGCCUUCUACACACCUUACCUUGAGCCACUGGCUCAGACCGAAUCACACAACUUUAAGCCUCUUGCAACCAUCGCCGCCCUGGUUUUCACGGUUAUCAUCUGUCUUGCUAGCCUAUGCUACCUGAUCAGUUCCGAGCGUCAGCGCCUCAAAAGGGCCGAGGACCAGAAACAACUGAUGGAUGCCCGGAUAGAACACAUCACGUCAGCCCUCUUCGAGGAAGCAAUGAAGAAGUGCGAGGCUGCCUGGAAGGAGAAAGCAGACUUGGAAAAGAGAAAUGAGCAGUUGAAUAUCCAGCUGCGGGACACAAAGAUCCUGCUGGCCGGCAAAGGAAAUGGCAUGCAGGGCUGGGCGGCUUUUAUGGACGCUACAGGCUGCAAGAAUGCAAGGGACGGGAAGAUGCAUUCGAGGAGGGCGAGCGCGGUUAGUAUGCACAGUGUUGGGUUGGAUUUUAGAUUCAAGCCGCAGGUAGUCCCUUCGCUUCCAGUUCAGUAG